AUGGGUAAAGUAGCAGCAAUAUCAGAAUCAGAAAAAUUUGUGAGCGAUGAUGAAAGUAAUGCAAAUAUAGAAAACCAGAAAAUUCCAAACAAGCCAGUUUUAGAAGCUACAACAUCAAAUUCUCCAACCACACCACCUACAAUACCACCACGUACAUAUCCACAGCAACCUUCUUCAACUAAUAGUGAUGUUAUUGUUGCUAGGAGAAGACCUUUAUGGCAACAACUAAUUAUCGUGUCAAUGAUCACUGAAUUAGGCCAAGAUACUAGCGAAAUUUUAUCACUAAAAUUUUCCACGUCAUCAACAACAUCUUCUUUACAACCUUCUUUGCUUACGACACUUUCAACGGAUUUAACAAGCAUGGCAGAAAAGUUGAAGGCUCAUCAAGAAUUUGAAAAUCCAAAAGAAGAUAUAAACGAAAUUCAAGACUCGUUGGGUUCCCUAGUUACAUAUCUUUCAAGCACGAUAAAUACUCCACCAGGGUUAAUGAUAGAUAAGGAUCUUGAUGCAUCCCAAAUUAAAAAAGAAAUCAGAAGCAUUAAAGGGGUAUUUCAUUCUGGAGUAGAAAUAUUAGGGAGAGAAUAUAAUUUUGGUGGAAGUGAUGAUGAGUGUACUGGAAUAUUUGAAUUACCUCCAAGAGUUGGCCCACCAAAUGUCACCUAUAGGGAUUCUAUUUUAGUUGGGUAUAGUGACUAUGAUAAAGAAGAAAUCAUAAAUAUUAUUGAUGAGUUAUCCGAAGAAUGGAAAGGAAACACUUAUCAAUUGUUAACAAGGAAUUGCAAUCAUUUCACAAAUGAAUUGUGUCUGAAAUUAGUUGGCAAAGCUGCACCAAAUUGGAUAAAUAGAGCAGCAAGAUUUGGCUCUUAUUUUCCAUGUAUUGAUGAGAAAUUUAGGAAAUUCCAAGAAAAGAUAUUUUAA